AUGUUUAAAAAAGAACUGGCACCUUUCCCACUGGUCCAGGCUCUUGAUGGAGAAUGCGAGGAGGGAGAGCGAUCCCUCCUCGCAGUUCUCGGCACUUCUUCGAUCGUGCAGGGAUUUGGAGCAGGCACGGCGGCUCCACGCUCGGAUCUUGGCCAGCGCCGAGUGCCGCCACGACAAGCUCCUCGCCAAUCUCUGCGUGGAGAUGUAUGGCAAAUGCGGCGGCGUGCGCGAUGCCAGGCCCGGGAGACGUUCCAGCGGAUGCCCCGGAGGGAUCUCACGGCAUGGAACACGAUGAUCACGGCGAGUUCUCGCGGCGGCAGCGUGGAUGAGGCGAAGCGCCUGUUUGAUUCCAUGCCCCAGCACGACGUCGUCUCGUGGACAGCCAUGAUCCAGGCGCUUGGUCGAAACGGGCAUUUGGAGGACGCAGGUAAGCUCUUCUCUUUGAUGCCUGAGAGGAAUGCGAUCACUGAGACUGCGAUGAUCCAGGCCUAUGGCGAGAGCUCUCGCGUCGAUUUAGCAGUUGAGAUCUUCAACAAAAUUCCAGAGAGGAACCUCUUGUCGUGGACUUCCAUGCUCGCUGCAUAUGCCCAGGACGGGCAUAUUGAAGAGGCUCGCGCGGUCUUUAACAACAUGCCCGAGCACGAUCUCGUCGCGCUCACCUCAAUGCUCACAGUGCACAUCCAGUCGGGGGAUCUCGAGCAAGCCAAGGCCAUCUUCGAUCGAAUGCCCGACCAGGACAUCAUCUCCCAGACAGCGAUGAUCCAGGCCUUCUCGCAAAACGGCCAGCUCCGAGAGGCCGAGCUCAUCUUCGAGGAGAUGCCCGUCCAGAACAUAGUCUCGUGCACGGCACUUCUCUCCUCGUACGCUCAGAGCGGCGAUCUGGAUCGGGCAAAGCAGAUGUUUGACAAGAUGCCGCAGCGAGACGCCAUCGCCUGGACGUCUCUCGUCGCCGCCUACGCUCAGAGCAAUCACUUCGAGGAGGCCAGGAGCUUGUUCGACCGCAUGCCAGUCCACAACUUGGUGCUCGCCACGGCCAUCCUGCGAAUGUACUCGCAGCUCGGGAGGAUCGACGAGGCCGAGGCGGUGUUCGACAAAAUGGUGGCGAAAGACAUCCUGGCUUGGAACACGAUGCUGGCGGCCUACUCGCAGCACGGCUACAUCGAAGAACUGCGAACCACUUUCGACGCUAUGCCCGAGAGGGAUAUCGUCUCGUGGAACAUCGUUGUGGCGAGCUAUGCGCAGCAGGGGCACGUCGACGAAGCUCGAAAGCUCUUCUCCAGCAUGCCACAGUGGGACUGCGUUUCCUGGACGAUCAUGAUCGCGGGCUAUGCCCGGAACGGGUAUAUGCGACGGGCGAGGAGCACUUUCGACGCCAUGCCACUGGUGUCUUCCGAGCUCGUCUUCUCCAGCGCGAUGUUCACGGCUUAUGCUCUGGCCGAGAGCUUCUCCGACGCCAUGGAGUUUUUCUACGCCAUGAACGCCGAAGGAUCACUCCAGCCCGACGAUGUCACCUUCACGAGCGUGCUUGGCGGAUGCAGCCACGCGGGAUUGUUUUCUCGGGGACUCGGCUACUUCCGAUCGAUGGUCUUCGACUUCGACGUGGAUCCUGUCCGCGAGCACUACAGCUGCGUGGUUGACAUCCUCGGCCGGUUUGGACAGCUCGAAGAGGCCGAGGAGGUUCUGGAUUCUAUGCCGUUUGAACCGGAUGCCGCGAGCUGGGGGGCUCUUCUCGGUGGCUGCGGGAUUCAUCGCGACGUCCAGCGUGGAGAGCGAGCGGCAGAGAAUGCACUCAAGCUGGAUCCGAGCGAGGACGGCGUUCGGAUGCUCUUAGCCAACAUCUAUGGAGCUGUUGGUCGGACGCAGGACAUGAUCAGGCUCAAAAACACCGUUCGGAUGCUGAGAAGCCGCAAGCUCCAACUAAAACGAGAGUGUUCUCACAAGACAAUGGAAAGCUUCCCUUACCAGCGUGAAGGCUCGACUGCGGGAUCAACAGCCUCGUGGUGAUCUUGCAACAAGUUUUUCUGCUCAAAACUUUCCGGGACAACCUCUCCGUCGAUCAUCGGGGACUGUUGCUGCUGCUGCUGCGCUGCUGCUUUCUCGGUGUACAUGUUGGCGAGAAGCUGAUACAUCGACUUGUUCUCGGGGUCCAGCUCCAUGAGAUGCUGCGCAGCUUGCGCAGCGCGCUUGAAGUCGCCGUGCAUUCUACACGAGCUCAAGUAGCUCGUCCAAGCAACAGGUCCUGGGAAGAAUGGCAUUUCGUGGAGAAGCUCCUCGGCAUGACCCAGCUGCUUUGCUCGGCCCAGGACCUCCACCAUGCAGCCGUAGUGAUCGAGCUCGGGCCGCAGUCCAUACUGGGUGAUCAUCGACACGAAGUGCUCGUGAGCUCUCUUCACUUUGCCUCCGCGGUUGCAUCCUAUCAGUAGACCCACGAAAGUGCUCUCGGUGGGCUUGAGUCCCUCGAGGUUGAGCUCCCGGAAGAGCUCCACGGCGGUCUUGUACGAGGCAUUCUCGGCAUAGCCAGCGAUGAGCGUGUUCCAGGAGAUGAUAUCAAACUCGGGCAUCGUCGCGAAGAGCUCUCGGCCUCUGGAGAGAUAGCCGGUGUUUGCAAACGCUGUGAUCAUGGUAUUCCACGACGCGAGCUCCAGCUGCGGCAUCAUCUCGAAAGUCCUGCUGGCCUCCGCCAAGCGCCCUCUUUGGGCAAAUGCUGCGAGUAAAGCGUUCCACGACACCACGUUCCGGCAAGGCACGGAUUCGAAGAAGUGUAGCGCGUCCUCUGGGCUGGAGUUAACCGAAAAUGCCUGGAGCAUUAAAUUCCA